GCCCCACCAAGCAACGAGUUCGAGAUCAUUCCAUCUCGCGGCACCCUGCUGCCGAACUGUGCACAGCGAAUUCAGGUAGAUUUCAUCAGCAGCACGGAGAAGAAGUAUGACACGAGGCUUUCUGUGGACCUGGAGGGUGUCGGGAAGGAGCUCCUCUCCAUCCCCAUCUUUGCACAGUGUGCCGUUCCUACUGUUUCCUUCGAACCGCACGGCUGCCUGAACUACGGGGACGUGUUCAUCAGGUAUCCGUUUCACCAGUCCCUGUACUUGCACAACACCUCUGUCUUGCCUGCCAAGUUCAUGGUGGAGGCACAGGAAGACAAGUCCAAGGCGGAGUUCGAGCCGGAUCAGUGG